UGCGUCGUAACUCCUCCCCCUUACGGAAAAGGUCCCUUAGCCCACUUGAUUCUAGCAUCUACCCUGCCAGCACUGCCAGGAGCAGGCAUGGCAGCGGAGAAGGCGGUCAGGCUGCUGUCUCUGAGCGGCGUCUUCCCGGUGUACAAGCCCCGGGGACCGACCUCAGCCCAGUUCCUGAGUGACCUGAAGCGGCGGCUGCUGGGAGAAGCCGGCCUGAAGGAAUUAACAAAGAAAAGGAAACAGACUCUGAAAAUUGGGCAUGGCGGGACCCUGGACUGCACCGCCUCCGGGGUGCUGGUGGUUGGCAUUGGGGAUGGUACAAAGCUCCUGGGUGCAAUGCUGACUGGAACCAAGAAGUACACAGCUGUUGGUGAGCUGGGGAGAGCCACCGACACGCUGGACGCCUCUGGGGCUGUAACUGAAGAGAAGCCUUACGUGUCCUGUCUGGUUUCCUGCACAGAUCACAUCACUAGAGAAGACCUGGAGAAUGUGCUGAAGACAUUCAUGGGGGAUAUCAUGCAGGUACCUCCUCUAUUCUCUGCCCUAAAGCGGGAUGGGAAGAGACUGUCCUGCCUCCUAAGGGAAGGUGCAGAGGUGGCACCGAAGCCGGCCAGGCCAGUGGUGGUCUACCAGCUGACUGUGACCGAUUUCCAGCCCCCGCUAUUUACUCUGGACGUUGAGUGUGGCGGCGGGUUUUACGUCAGGAGCCUGGUCAGCGACAUUGGGAAAGCUUUGUCAAGUUGUGCCAAUGUGAAGGAGCUCAUCCGCACCAAGCAGGGGCCGUUCUCGCUGGAUGAACACGCCCUGAGAGAGGACAGCUGGGAUAUUGCCACAGUCGCCCAAUCUCUGAAGGACUUUGCCCACCUCCUCCCAGCGGAGCCAGGGGCCAAACGCCUAAAGACCGGGGAAAAGGAGGCAUCGCAUGUGUGACGUGUAGUCCGCUCCCCGUGGAGUGUUAGUGGAACAUGCCUGGAUGACUGGUGCACGCCUCCCUGUACCACCGCAUCCGCUCACAGCCCCCGCAGCCUAGUGUUCCGGAGAGGUGAGCUGUAUACUGGGUGACGGUGGUUAUGAUGAACAUUCCAGUGGCUGGGGAAAUCCACAACAUGCGUUGGAAUAUUUUUGGGUAACAAAACUGGCAGUAGGACAUGUUAUGAACACCAGGCAAUCACCGGUUCAUGCAAAAGGACAUUUCCAGAGUUUUUGUACAUAAUUUUAUUUUUAAUAAAAAAUGAAAUUUGCUUUGAGAA